CCCUUUCACCCUUUCAGCGAACGGUAGCGCGUAAAAACGUGCUUUCUUCUAUCUAAGAGAUCUCCUCGGCUUCCCAGCCUCGACGAAAAGGACAGCCUUUGCACAGGAAGCAAUAUCCCGGAUAUAACGCCUGCUAGAACCUGUAUCGAUCAAACUUCCCGCUUUCCCACCUCUUUCCACAAUCAUCCUCGCCUUCAUUUCUGAUAUCAUCUUCACAAUGGACAACUCGGCCCCACAAAACAAUGCUCAACAAGAACUGGACGAUUUGCAAUACACCCAGGAGACGCAGCAAGCCACUCAGGAAGCUUCUCAAGAGGAUCAAAGCUGGACUAACGACUCUGUCUAUUGGGGUUGUCUUCAGCCCUGCAAAUCAGAGUCAGGGAUUGAACCUGUCAUGUUCUCUAGAGCCAAGGAACAGUACAGUCUCGGUCGAGGAGACUUGAAUGAUGUACAACUUCGUGGGCUCAAAAUCAGCCAGCGACACUGCAAGAUUGUUUGGGAUGGUGAAGAUGCCGGCAUAUCCAAUGGAAAGGCAUCAUUGACAGGCGUCACAAUCCAUGAUUCUUCCACGAACGGAACCUUUAUCAACGGUCAGAGGAUCAAGAAGCACGGUUAUGCCGUUCUUCGAGACGGGAACGAACUUGCUCUUGGCUCUCCGUCCGUGCAGGAUGACCCACACGAAGAUUAUCGUUUCAUCUAUCGCCAUCUUGCACGCAAGGAAGAUUUGGAAGGCAUACACGCCGUCUACGAGAUGGGCAACGAGCUCGGCAAAGGUACCUUCGCUACCGUGAUGAAAGCCAUGCAUAAACAAACCGGCCACUGGUAUGCUGUCAAGAUCAUCCACAAUGCCAAGAUUCGUGGUCCACAAACACAAAGCAACAUGGCUGCUUUCGAGAGAGAGGUUCGGAUUCUUGGGGAGCUCGAACAUCCAAAUGUUUGCAAAUUCAAAGAGGUCUUCUGGGGUAACGGCGACGAUGAUACGUAUCUCGUUUUAGAACUCAUUAAAGGAGGCGACCUGUUAGACUAUAUCCUCAAAAAUGGCGGUCUUGAUGAACGGGAGUCGCGACGCAUUGCCUAUCAGAUGUGCACAGCUAUGGCCUACAUACACGGAAAGGGCAUUGCUCAUCGUGAUCUGAAGCCAGAGAACGUUCUCCUCACCUCGGAUGACCCGCCUGUAGUUAAAGUCGCGGACUUCGGUCUCGCGAAAAUCGUCGACGCCGCCACAAUGCUGAAAACAAUGUGUGGAACGCCGUCCUAUCUCGCCCCAGAAGUUGUUACACAAGCAGCCACCGGCCAGGGAUAUGACAAUCUUGUCGAUAGUUGGAGUGUCGGGGUCAUAAUUUUCUCGAUGUUGACCAACGCCGGCCCCUUCAUCGACCCUGACGAUACAGACGACAUUCGUACCAAGAUUGUAGGGCGGCAAAUUGACUGGGGAACGUUAAGAGAGGCUGGAGUGAGCUCAGACGCGUCUGACUUUAUUAAAAGGUUACUUGAACAGGACCCCCGCUCUCGCAUGACGCUUACCGACGCUUUGAACCACCCGUGGCUCAUCUCCUACACUAAUGGGACCGAAAAUGCAGAUGCCCAUCCGAUUUCUACCACUCGCCCAGGCACUCCCGAAAUCUACGCAGCCAACCCGGACUCCUCCCUCUCUGCACUCGGCUCUGUGCCUGAUUUCUAUGCUCCUCUUCGCCAAUCACCCUCCCGGCCUGAUAACGGCGCGCAUGAUGACCCGUCCUUGGAAGGAAAUGGCAACCUGGGUCUGAAUGGGCUCAAGCUAUCACCUCAAAAGCGUAAUCUUCAAGAGGCUCAACCUUCCAGUUCGGACAUGCCUGGCGCAUACCCUAAAGCAUCGAGCAGUCGAGCGUUGGAGCGUCGCUCGUCGGUGCUUGCGCGCCAGGAGAUGGAGCAAGCACAGCGGGAGAACGGUGCCAACCAGGGAACUUCGACGACGCCCGAGGAGUCUUGGCAAUACGUCGAGCAUCCUGUGGCGAGCCCGAGGGUCGGGCAGAAGCGACGAGCCCGCCCUGAGGACCAUGGAAUCGAUAAUGGGUCAGACUCGGCACAGGGAGGUUCCACCCGGGAGCCUGUGGCGAAGAGGGGGAAGCGGAACACUAGUGCUGGAAAACCACAGUCCAAUGCUGCUCCCCUCCCCCCUGACGGCGCCGCCCCUAGGAGGUCAACUAGGAAUAAGAGGGGUUGAGUACGCGGUUUCUGUUAUGAACUUUUCUCAAGUUGCUUGCUUUCUGUCGAAUAUUCACUGCUAUCGUCUUGUUUCUUCCGGGUCGGAACUGUAUACCUUGCCCGUUUACGCUUUCAGUCUUCCUCUGCUGCUUCUCUCUUCCUUCUAUGGUUAAAAUCAUUCUCAAUUCCAUUCCCCUCGUGCAAGACUUAUGACUGCUUCAUUACUGCAAUUUACUAUCCCAUCCCGAUUCCAUGAUUCCCAAUCUGCGACUAGGAGUUUCUAUACCGCUUGUCGACUUGCUUACGAUCCCGAUUUUCUUGAUUUUCUCCACAGCAAUAUCCUACGUGUUCAUAUCUCGCUGCCUUGGAUGUGUAUAUCAUUAAUCGAAUCAUUCCUCAAACUUUCCAAAAUGCUAUGUAUAUU